UCAGCUCUGUCCUUGUUGCCUGCUGCAGGUACCAUUCCAGGGGAUGCAGGCUUGUCAGACCCUGCCUUCAAAGGAAGCCCAGAACAGGGAAUGGGGAGGGAGGCUUCCUGGAGGAGGAGGCUGGGCCUGGGUGAGAGAUGGAGCCAGCUGUGGUCCUGUCUGGUCCCUGCAUCCUGCCCCGACUGCAGGGUUGUGUCUGGGCUGCCCUAGAUGGGAGUGGGAGGCUCUGGACUCACGGAGGAGCAUUGUGGGGGCCGGGAGGGCUAGAGGUCAUUCAUGGAGGGUCCACGGGCUGCCUUGGGGGCGAGGGCUGCGAGUGUGGCUGGGCAGUGGUCUCCUCCAGCCUCGGCUUGGUGUUGGCCAUGGGACUUCUUCAUUUUGGGGGGCCCAGGGGGGUUGGGGGGUUGCUGGUGGAUCUGCCCUUUAGGCCCUGCCUGGGAGGCCCAUCCCCCCUGAUGCCCAGGUCUUGGGGUGUAGGGGCAUGGUGGGGUAUGAUGCAUGGUUUUUAGCUUCUAGAAUGUUGCUGUGGGCUUUGGGCUCCAUAGCUCCUGGAGAGGGGGCUUAUCAAGGAAAGUGGAUGAGGUGUGUUCCUUUGCCGGCUGCCCCCCUCCUCCCCCCCACUGCCCUUGCUACUUUCUGGGCCUGAAACCCCUCCUUGGAUGCUUCAUCCCUGGGCACAGGGACCCCCAGGUGCAUCCUCUCCUCACUGAGGUUCUGGGGAGGACACGUAUGAGGUCACCUGCAGACGUCCGUCUGCUCACUGGCCUCUCGCCAGCCUCGAACGUAGGUCGGGGUGGACCGGCAGCAGUGAGCACCCAUGAGAGGAUGAGUGUGGGGGGUGGACAUCCGCCAUGGCGAUGGUUGGAACCUCUGCAGUCCCCUCCUGCCCUUGAGCUGCUGAGAAGACUGCCUGCCCCACCCCCGGGCCGCAAGGAGCACCUGGUCUGAGGAGUGAGAUGUGGGGGGCCUGACUGGGAUGCCUUCAGACACCCCCCUGCCCCGUGAGCUUGGAGUCCCCUCCUCAAAGGCCCUGGCUGGUGGGGGAGGGCAGAAUCGUCCCAUGAAUGCCGAUGGCAGGGGAACAGGCCUGGUGAGUCAUCACCAGCUGGCUCGGUGGGGAGAGAGUGAGGUUGAUGGCUCAGGGCAUAUAUCUGCUUGGAUCCCAGGAAUGGUUGGGCUGCAGGGCAUCUUGGGGGAAAUGGACACCGAAGGCUGGACCUCUGGGGACCGUGCCGUGACCGCCACAUGCCCUGAACACGUAUAUUCUCUGGCUCCAGCCUGUCUUGGCUGCACUGACCAUUGGUCCACCUGCUGGCUCACCUUCAAGGGAACCAAGCACCGCCUGGCUUCUUUCCCGUGGCAAGCCCAGAGCUGAAGCGCUGCAGCAUGGCGCGCGGCUGCCUCCAGGGCGUCAAGUUCCUCAUGUUCGCCUUCAACCUGCUCUUCUGGCUGGGAGGCUGCGGCAUCCUGGGUGUUGGCAUCUGGCUGGCUGCCACCCAGGGGAACUUCGCCACCCUGUCAUCCUCCUUCCCGUCCCUGUCGGCCGCCAACCUGCUUAUCGUUACCGGCACCUUCGUCAUGGCCAUUGGCUUCGUGGGCUGCAUCGGGGCCAUCAAAGAGAACAAGUGCCUCUUGCUCACCUUCUUCGUGACGCUGCUCUUGGUGCUCCUGCUGGAGGCCACCGUCACCACCCUGUUCUUCGCCUGCACUGACCAGAUCGACAGGUAUGCCCAGAGGGACCUAAAGAAGGGUCUGCACCUGUACGGCACCCCAGGCAACGUGGGCCUCACCAACGCCUGGAGCAUCAUCCAGACUGAUUUUCGCUGCUGUGGGGUCUCCAACUACACCGACUGGUUCGAGGUCUAUAACGCCACUCGUGUGCCGGACUCCUGCUGCCUGGAGUUCAGUGAGGGCUGUGGCCUUCACGCACCUGGCACCUGGUGGAAGGCGCCAUGUUACGAGACCGUGAAGAUGUGGCUCCAGGAGAACCUUCUGGCUGUGGGCAUCUUUGGGCUGUGCACGGCGCUGGUACAGGACUCAGCACCAACCCUGGACGCCCCCGCCCCCGGACCCUCAGCCAGCCCUGCGAACACCGAACACCGUGCUGGAGGAGGUCGCCAAGUGCUAGCAAUGUGGGCAGGGCUGGGGGUGGGAGGAGCUUUUCAUCCCCAUGUAUUCUCCAGAGCAGCGCUGCCCCCGGCUGGGGUCAUUCACCGGUGGGGGUGGGGGUGAAGGGCUGACCGCUGGUCCUGGUGCUCAAGGUGGGGCUGUAGCCCCACCGUCCACAUUCCACAGCCGAGCCCGUGCAGGCUCUGGGUGCGUCUUAAUAAAGUGCGUGGGCAACAGCCCCCA